AACACUUUCAGUUUUGUUUUCUAGUCUGCGAGAAACAGAAACUCAACAGGAAGACUGCGGAGACCAGAAAUGGAGGGGGCCUUCCAGGCAUGCAGGAACUGCAAAAGAAGCAUGGCCCCUGCCCACUUGGCCCUCCACGAGGCCCACUGCCUUCUGUUCCUGGUCCUCUGCCCGGAGUGCAAGGGACCCGUCCCCCUGGCAAAGAAGGAAGAGCAUUGUGAGAACGGGCACCAGCAGGUCUGGUGUGCGAUGUGUCAGCAGAGCGUGCAGAAGCACUUGCUGGAGUUUCAUGAGGCCACGGAAUGCCCAGACCGCCCUGUUGAGUGUAAGUUCUGUAAGCUGGCCGUGCGCCUCAGCAAGGUGGAGAUCCACGAGCACCACUGCGGCAACCGGACAGAGCUCUGCCUACACUGCGGCCAGCCCAUCAUGCUCCGAGAGCUGGCCCAGCACACGGACGUGUGUCGGGGUGAACAGGCCCAGCUCAGGAAAGGGAAGAGAAUUUCAGCUCCUGAAAGCAAAAUCUACUGUCAUUAUUGCAACCAAAAGAUUCCAGGAAAUAAGUAUUUCCACCAUAUGGAUCAAUGUCGUACAGUCUCAGAGUCUGUGAAAUAUUUUCCAGUUGGAGAGCCAAGAAUUCCUCCUCCAUCCCUUCUGAGUCAGGCUGUUGGAGAUCAAACUUCCACGGCAGAGAAAGAUGUCCGUCCAAAGAUGAAAAAUAUAAACAGAUUUCCUCCUCUUUCUGAAAAGUCAACAAAGCAAGCACCAAGAGGCACAAACAAAACUCUGGAUCAGCCUUUGAAGUCUGAGCACAAGCCCAGGAUCACCUCUCCUGUAGAAGAUGAGGCAGCCUAUGACAUUCUGAGGAGAUGUUCUCAGUGUGGUAUCCUACUUCCCCUGCCAACCCUAAACCAACAUCAGGAGAAAUGCCGGUGGUUAGCUGCAUCAAAAGGAAAGCAAGCGAGAAGUUCCAGCUAGAUCUGGAAAAGAAAAGAGAUGUUGGUUUGCCCGAGAGCUACAGAUAAACCAGGAGAGAAAAAGGCUCCUGCUCUUCUGCCUGAGAAUUCUGAUCAAGUAUCCAGGCCCUACAGCCUGGAAGCCCUGGGGAACCCCGCUCUGUCCCCGGAGAAUAA